CAGCAGCGAUUGCAGGGAAGUGCGAUGCCGCCGGCCAUUCCAAGGGGCUGUUGGGAUUAUUCUCGCCUUCCCGUUUCCCCGCCCGCAGCGCGGUGCCGAGCGGCGCGGCGCCGGGGCGGAAGUGUCGGGGCCGAGGCCGGCGCUGAGGAGGGUGCUGAAGAUGGCAGGCAGCUCCGCUCCUUGGAUUGGCAGCGCUUAUCUCUUCCUUCAGUCCACCUGCAAGACCAUCGCUCUGCCGGCCCUCUACGAGAGCUCCCAGAAGAAGCCCUGCGUGUUCAAGGCCCUGAAGCUGGCAUUAGCAGACUCCACUGGCAGUGUGAAUGGUGUGGACAUGCUCAAAGUGCACUGCAGCCACCCACACCUGAUAGUGCAGCUCAAGUUCUGCAAGCGGGAGAACUGCCGCCAGUUCCUGCGCAGCUACCGGGAAGGAGCGCUCCAGAAGUCCCUCCAGAGUCACCUGCAGCUCUCCUUGGCCACAACCACGGUGCCUCUCGAAGUGGAGCUGAAGGCUGGCAGUGAGCACCUUGACAAGAUGCUGAAGGAUGAGGAUCGUUGUCUGGAGUGCAUCUACAGAGAAAAGCCUGACCGCCUGCCGGAUGAGGAGAUCACGGAGCUGGAGGAAUGCCUCAAGAGCCUGAUGCUUCACCAGAGCACCAACAAUAAUGUGGCUGGAAAAGACUGCUCACCUCUGAAGUCCCCACCUCAGCCUUAUCGUCCUCAAGGCAGCUCCCUUCCCGCACAACUCACCUUCAUCUUUCAGGGACAACAGUUUGACAACAGAACAAUCACACCAGACGACCACCAGAAGUUCGCCAAGUCCGUGUCCAAGAAGUGGAAGCAAGUGGCUCGCUCCCUGCAGAAAUCCUGCCGGGCCCUGCGCGACCCUGUCAUCGACAACCUGGCGCUGGAGUACGACCGAGAGGGACUCUAUGAACAAGCCUAUCAGAUGCUCCUCAGGUUCAUCCAGUCCGAGGGCAAGAAGGCCACGAUAGCGCGGCUGAUCGCAGCCCUGGAGGAGAACGGUCUCGUCAGCUCGGCUGAGGAGCUCUUGGGCCUCCAUGCCUGUGAAGAUUGCUCCUAGAGCCUCAAGGACAGUGCCAUUGCUAAGGGCUUUCCUGCUUUAGCUCCUGUAUGAAACUGCUGCCAGUGUCUGGGAAUGUAAAGCCCUGAAUGUCACCACAGGUUUCCAUCUAGGUGGAAGUGCUCAGGGGAGAGGUUCUGUGUUUGCAGAAGCCAGAGUGGACCUCUGACUUUCCUUACUUCAUUGUGUUUCCAGAAACAGAGCACUACCUUCCUGUGAACUGGUGAGAGGCUUUCAUCCUGACUUCCUUCAGGACUGUGACAGAGAGCCCUAGGGGAGAAUGAGGGAGAGGAGAAAAGCAAGCAAGGCUUCUCAUAGAAUUUCUCUGGGAAGCAGACAAUGCCACUGCUUCUCAGGCUGUGUCCAGAACUAUCACCUGGAGAGCUGCAGUAUAUUUUUAUACUGAAAACAUUUUUGCCCUCAGCCAUGAUAUCAACUAAAGACAAAGAGGAAAGUAAGGACAAGUCAAUUUUAUAUUAUUUUCCUUUUUUGUUUGAAGAACCGAGAACAUCCAUAGCAAGAGUAUCUGUUCUACCCUAUAUUACUGUUAUUAUAGCUCCUUCCCACCUCUCACCACCUGAAGGCUUUCCUUCUAGCUGGGCCACCCACAAUCUUCCACAGGGCAAAAGAUUGCUGCUGUAAAACAAAUGGCAGGCACUGAACAAACAAGAUGGACAAACUCAAAUUCCGACAAGGAUUGUCAACAUUCUCAUCUGUGGUGGACAGUAAUGCAUUGAUUAUCUCUUGCCUGCCAGCCUGAGGGAGCCUGCAGCUAUGGAAAGCAAAACACAGUGCUGGAAGGAAAAGAGUCUCCUCAUCAGCAAGUUACCUGUGGAGCAUGGAUUGGAAGUGCUGCCCUCAGGUGCACAGCAGCAUCAAAUGCUGCCCUCAGACCACAGAGCUGAGCAAUCACCAGACCCAGCUGGCUGCUCGUGCCUUCCCUCACUUCCUAACCACCCACCCUCAGCCUGCUGGGCCCCUGGAGGGGACAGCUCACCCUGCUGUGUCCCACAGGUGUCAGGAUCUACAGAGAGCCUUUCCCUGGCACUGCUGUCACUGUGUGACAAUCGAACAUCAGCUGCCACCGUGCCUGGAUUUACCUGCACUGAUUUUUAGGGUAAAAAUGGUUUAAGAGACAAAUCUCCCAAACCUCAGAGCUGACUCCUGCUUUCAGUUCCCGUGGGAGAAGCUGAGUGUCUCCUGGUAUGGCUGAUGCAGACUGCAACAGAGCAGCUGCACUUUUGCCAUAACAAAGCACAGAGCAACAAGUGUCUGGCAUGAUAUGGGUCCUGUGAAGCACAACAGCAGCUCAGUUACCUCUGACAUAUUCCCAGUGCUUUCCUGAUAUUUUUACUAAUACUUUUCCAUUAAUUCUAUCCUUUUUUGCCCUUCCUAUCUGUGGGAAUAGCCAGUGGGCUGUGGAAAUGUUUUCAGAUGCAGAGGGGGACUCUGGCCACACACACAAAGUCUGUGUGUGCACGUGGAAGCUGUGGCUGCCAGCAGUGAUGGUAGGAACAGCUUUGAGUCAGGGCCUGAUGGCCUUUUAAACCACAGCUCACAUCCUACUCCUUCCCUGAAGCCAAAGCUGUAAUCCAGUAAGGAGGAACAUAACCUCAGAUUCAGGUGUGGGCUCAGAGCCAAGCUGCUGGGGCUGGAGAUGUUCCUGUACCUUCUGCUGGAACACCUGAGCAUCAGUCCCUGGAGACCUGGAUGGGCAGGAUUUAGAUGGCCUGCUUUGAGCCAGCUGGGAUCCACAUGCCUCAGAUGAGCUGAGAUUCACAUCCUUAGUGUAAGCCAGAGAAACAUGACUUGUUUUCUGCAGAUUUUGAACCCCUGAGGGAAAGGAGCCAGGAAAGGAAAGGAAGGGGGUUAAGUGUGGGGAGAAGUUUUCAGGGUGUGAGGGAAUCUGCUUCCAUCUUGCCCCUAGCUCCCAAAGAAGCAGGACUUCAUGCAGGCACCAUCUCUGCAAAGACUGGCUCCACCACCUUUCAUUGAGCCAUUUUAGAUCAGUGCCAUUGCAGUUUCAUCUCCUCCAUUCCUGCUCCACAUCCUACCCUCUUCCUUCCAGUGCUCUUCCCAAAAUGAAGCAAUUACCUCUCUGACAGUUUUGCUUUUGGGACCAACACAGUGGUGCUGAUCUUAGCUAAUUUAGGCUGCUGUGGAACCAUACCUCAAAGCAUUUAGCUUUCCUGCCAGAUUCCAGCUGGGGGACUCUGUUUGGCAGAAACCCACCUGACAAAUCAUAUUUUAAAAAAUUUUAAAAAUCAGAAACUUGAAAAUUACUUUAAGAGCAAGAGAGUUUGCUCUUUAUUUUGCAGAAAUUACUUCUUUAAGAAAAUAAGGUCAUAUGCAUAACCUGCUGUCUCAUUUGCAAUGAAUAUUCCUAAGCUCUCAGACCAGCUAUUUAUGUGCACAACUUGCACAUGUAGUUAUAAGGCAGCCACUGAGUAGUGAGAAUUACUAGUUUUUUUAGCAGCUGUUAAUGCUCAAAAAUGACAAAGUCUUAUUGUUCAGCAUUUACUUCAGGUCCAGAAAAUGUUUUUGCUGCAUUACUCUUUUACAGAGGACUAACCAUGAAUACUUUCUUCUGAAAUGCAAACGUGCAUUUUCUUUCUGCCAGUAACUGGCAUGUGUGUUUCCUCUUACUCACAUAUUCCCUGUCAGAAUUGCCAUUAAGUGCUGGAGCCCCUGGCAGCCUUUCUGGAAUAUCAUAAUUUCUAACAGCAUUCACAGGUGCCUUCAGUGCAGAGACUUGAAGGAACAGGGUUUUUCAGUGAUACUCCAUGGUGAAAUUGUCUCGAGUGCAUGGCAUGGUUUGGGACAUAGCAGUGGCUGUUUCAUACCUCCCUUUCCAUGACCAGUCAUCUUCAUGGUGGGAGAUCAGCCAUGGGUAGAGCUGCUGCUGGGGAAAUUUGCCUUAUCCCAGUAACUGCUCUUGUCCAUAUACUGAGAUAUAUCUGUGAAAAAGAAAAAUUUAGGGGUGAUGGUGGUAUUUCAGAAUCAAACACAGUAUCAAAAGCAAAUAAAGGUGCUAAUCAGUUGCAUAUAAAAUCUAAAACAGAAAAAAAAAAAAAAAACAUAAAACAAGCAGCAGAAAUCAGGCCAAAAUGUGCUUACAGUAAGA